CAUCCAUGGAUGUGGUUUCUUAUCCCCAACAAUCUCCCUCCCAUCUUCUUUCUCUGUGCUAUCUCUCACCACUAACACCACCACCUCCAAUCUCUCUCUCUCUCUCUCUCUCUCUCACUACACUCCAGAAAUACAACUCUCCGAUGAACAUUCUUCCAUCUCUCUCCCGCCUCAAAUUCUCCCCCACCCCACUCUCCACCACCACCUCCUCCCUUCCUCCGCCGCCGCUCCACCUCCCUAUUUCCGUCAGAACCACCACUUUCUCACUCUCCGCCAUCCUCGACAGCCGCGAUUCACCAGCAGCGGCACUUCCCACCGCCGAAGAAGAAGAACAAUUCACCGACUACAAUGAAGACGAAACCUACGGCGAAGUUAGCAGGAUCAUCGGCAGCAGAGCCGCCGCCGACAACGGCCGCGGAAUGGAGUACCUCAUAGAGUGGCAAGACGACCACGCCCCCACGUGGGUCCCCUCCGACUUCAUCGCCAAGGACGUCGUCGCCGACUACGAAACCCCCUGGUGGACCGCCGCCAAAAAAGCCGACGCCGCCGCCCUCGCCCAGAUCAUCGAAUCCUCCGACGGCAGGGACGUCGACGCCGUCGACGAAAACGGCCGCACCGCCCUCCUCUUCGUCUCCGGCCUCGGCUCCGAGCAGUGCGUCCGGAUCCUCGCCGAGGCGGGUGCCGACGUCAACCGCCGCGACAAAAGCGGCGGCCUCACGGCGCUGCACAUGGCCGCCGGCUACGUGAAGCCCGCCGUCUCGAAACUGCUGGUGGAGUUCGGCGCGGACCCGGAGAUCGAGGACGACAGAGGGAAGACGCCAUUGUCGCUGGCGACGGAGAUCCUGAGCGUGACCCCGCAGCUGCAGUUCGCGAGGAGGAUCGGCCUCGACGGCGUGAUUAGCGUUCUGGACGCGGCGAUCUACGAGUUCGCGGAGGUGGAGGAGGUGCUGGACAGGACAGGGAAAGGCGAGAAUGUGGAGUAUCUUGUCAAGUGGAGAGAUGGGAGCGACAACGAGUGGGUGAAGGGCGGAGUCGUGUCGGAGGAUUUGGUGACCGAUUUCGAGGCCGGGCUGGAGUACGCGGUGGCGGAGGGCGUUUUGGGAGUCAGGGAAGGCGGGGAUGGGAGGAAAGAGUAUUUGGUGAAGUGGAGUGAUAUUGAGGAAGCUACUUGGGAACCGCCGGAGAAUGUUGAUCCCGAUUUGAUCAAGGUGUUCGAUGAAAUGCCUCAACCAAAUUUUGCUGAGCAAUCAUCAUCGUAACUCUGUUUUUCGAGAAAGAUGUAGAAAAGAAAUGUCCGAAACCCGAAACCUUAUUCUGCCUCUGGAAUGUAAACUUCACUUGUGCGUUUGUAGCCAGUUUUGCUAAAUAUUUUUGUGUGAAGGACAUGGUUUUAUUGUUCACAUUGGGUCCAACGGUGCACACCAUCUUCUGCACUUCUAAUCUAAUCUAAUAUCAUUCGGGGUCAGAAAUUGGAAAGGAAUUUCUUACUUCCACCGAUUUUGAUCCGAAGUUUUUCA